AUGGAGGAGCCAGACAAGGAGGCAAUGGCAACUGCAGUUCAGCGUGUAGCAGGAAUGCUACAGAGGCCUGAUCAACUGGAUAAAGUAGAGCAAUAUCGAAGGAGAGAGGCUCGAAAGAAAGCAUCUGUGGAGGCCAGGCUGAAAGCAGCUAUUCAGUCACAACUUGAUGGUGUGAGAACAGGUUUAAACCAACUUCACAACGCAUUAAAUGAUGUUAAAGACAUCCAGCAGUCCCUGGGAAAUGUUAGCAAGGACUGGAGGCAGAGCAUUAAUACCAUUGAAAGCCUGAAGGAUGUGAAAGAUGCUGUGGUCCAGCAUAGUCAGCUGGCAGCAGCAGUUGAGAAUCUUAAGAACAUUUUCUCAGUCCCAGAAAUUGUAAAAGAGACUCAAGAUCUUAUUGAGCAAGGAGCAAUGCUUCAAGCGCAUCGUAAAUUAAUGGACCUGGAGUGUUCUAGAGAUGACCUCAUGUAUGAGCAAUACCGUAUGGAUAGCAAAAAUACCCAUGACAUGAAUCUUAUUCAAGCUUAUUUUGGAGAAGUACAACAUCUGUCUGAUGAGUUGGCCAAACAGCUGUGGAUGGUUAUACAGAGAUCUAUAACCACUGUUCGCAAAGAUCCUACCUUACUUGUAUCAGUAGUUCGCAUUAUAGAGCGGGAAGAGAAGAUAGAUCGACGCAUGAUGGAUAGAAGGAAACAAACUGGAUUCAUUCCACCGGGAAGACCAAAGAAGUGGAAACAGAAAAUGUUUGAAGUUUUUGAUAAAACGAUUGGAACACGAAUUGAGGGUACUCAGGCAGAGACCAGAGAAUCUGAUAAAAUGUGGUUGGUUCGGCAUUUAGAAAAUCAUCCGUCGUUAUGUGCUGGAUGAUCUUAUAAUAGUCAAAAACUUGAUGGUGCAGUGUUUUCCACCUUCAUACAGCAUAUUUAGUAAAGUUUUGGAGCUGUAUCAUUAUGCUCUGGCUUCUCGGAUCCAGGAGUUAGCUUCAGAAGAACUUGAAGCCAAUGAAAUUGUCAGCAUUCUUACUUGGGUUUUGAACACCUACCAUAGUUCUGAAAUGAUGGGGAAUCUAGAAUUAGUUCCUGAAGUAGAUGUAAAAUUACUGAAACCACUUCUCUCUGAAGAAAUAGUGGACCAGCUUUUGCAUAAAUAUAUGGCAACUCUUCAGUCUAAUAUUAUUGCUUGGUUGAGAAAAGCACUAGAAACAGACAAAAAAGACUGGGAUAAAGAUACAGAACCUGAAGCGGACCAAGCUGGUUACUACCAGACCACAUUGCCAGCUAUUGUUUUUCAGAUGUUUGAGCAGAACCUUCAGGUAGCUGCUCAAAUUAGUGAAGAAUUGAAGAAAAAGGUUCUGCAUUUGUGCCUCCAGCAGAUGAAUACAUUUCUGAACAGGUACAGUGAACAAGCUCAGCUUUAUAAGGAAGAACAUUUGAAGAACCGUCAACUUCCUGCAUGCUAUGUUCAGUAUAUGAUCGCCAUCAUUAACAACUGCCAAACCUUUAAGGAAUCCAUUGUAAGUCUGAAAAGGAAAUACUUAAGAAGUGAAGAGGAUGUUAUAGCAUCUGGCUCAGCAAAUAUGGACUCCAUUUUAGACAACAUUGCAAGCGAGGGAUGCAGAAGUUUGUUGGAUGAAGUUUUUUUGGAUUUAGAGCAACAUCUGAAUGACCUAAUGACAAAGAAAUGGCUUGGAGGAUCUAACUCUGUAGAUACCAUAUGUGUCACUUUAGAAGAUUACUUUAACGACUUUGCAAAAAUCAAACCCCAUUACCAACAGAAAAUGACCAUCAAAGCUCACAGGAAAGUAGUAACGGAGUACCUGAAGGCAAUCAUGCAGAGGCGUAUUUGUUUCAGAAAUGCAGAAGAACGCAAAGAAGGAGCAGAACGUAUGAUUAAGGAAGCAGAACAAUUCAAAUUCUUAUUUAAGCGUUUAACUUCCGGAUUUAAUGAGGAGACAGAUGGACUAUGUGACACCAUUACAGCUAUUGCAGAGGUUAUAAAGCUUACAGACCCUUCACUUCUUUACCUAGAAGUCUCUACUUUGGUCACCAGAUAUCCAGAUCUCAGAGAUGAUCAUAUAGCGGCACUGCUAGCAAUGCGAGGAGAUGCAAGCCGAGAAAUGAAGCAAACAAUUAUAGAAACUGUGGAGCAAAGUCAGAGGCAACAAAGCUCAAAUUACACACCAAUAUUUAAAGAUAUAAUUGUUCCAAGCCUGCCAACUUUGAGUGUUCCAAAACUUCUCAAAUAA